CAUGUAUCGCAUUUCGAGAAGUGCGUAUGAGCUCAUAUCUAACAGUCACCUGGAUAUGUUGCCUGUUUGCACGUGAAAUUAUUCGAUUUCAAUUCCAAUGAAGACUUUCGUUUUCUGCUGGUUCCUCAUUUUCUUCGCGCUCGCUGGUCGUUUUUCGUGUCAGGAAAACGCGAAUCGCAUGGCGAAUGUCGGUGUAAAAUGCGAAAGGGACGUCGACUGCAUCGAUCACGCGUUCUGUCGCUGGCAGCAAAACUGCAUGUGCGAUCCGUAUUAUUCGCCAAGUCCCGAUAAAUCGAGGUGUAUCCCAACCGUUGGAUUGAGUUGCCUGGACAACUCGGCGUGUCAAGGCAUAAUGAAUGCCGAAUGCAGACAGGGCACCUGCACCUGCAAGGACGACUUCUACCUGGAUAACAACAAUUCUUCAAAUUGCAUCAUCAGACCCAUCAACAUUGGCGAUCGUUGUCAGGUGCAUAGCGUGUGUCAAGAAAGAUUUAACUUCGCAUUGUGCAACAACGAACAGUGCAAGUGCAUCACGGGAUAUCAUUUUGUAAACGUAACAAGGUCUUGCGUUCUGAACCAAGUUGUUUUAGCUUUGUACAGUUUUUGCCGGAAUGAUUACGAGUGCUAUGGAAUGGAUUACAAGUCUUCGGACAGCUUGGAGUGUAAAAACGGCGUAUGCGUGUGUAAGGAAGGAGAGCCGCAAUGUGCCAAAGGUUCACUGAUGACGGACGCAAGAGCACUCGUGACAGUCACGUUCUUUCUACAACGUAUUCUUCACUUCUUAAAAAAUUAAAAAAAAUUGUACAUAAAUUACCAAUCCACUUUUUUUUUUGCAAUAAUACUGUAUGUAAUAAUACUGUUUGUUUAUGCGAGAUCGACGAACAUUUGCAUCAUUUCUAAAAUAUAAUAUAUAUCGUUUUUAUAUUAAAAUAGAGUGUAUGUUUC